GAAAGCAGCUUGUCACUCACCAGAAUUUGCAGGGAGGCUGUCAUCCCAGGUCGUGGUUCCUGCCCUUUCCUUGUUCUCCCCUCCAUUCUCUUGCCCGCAUUCUGACAAGACCUCUCUCUCGAACACUGAUCAUUUGCAAUGGCAGGUGCCGCCACCCGGUGCGGUCCGGGCCUGACUGCCUGGAGUGGCAGCCUGGAAAAGACGGUUGGCGCGCGCAGGACUGCCGUCGUCUCGUCUCUUCUGCCCCCUCUCCGCCCAAUUGUGAGCAACCAGUGCCUGAGAACGAGGCAGCCUGACGGUUUCCCCCAUCAAUGGGGGGGAGAGGCGAAACCGGAGCGCACCCACAGCGUGCGGUGUUCGGCGGCCACUCUCGCUGACGCCCCACCUGCAAACUCUGCGGAAGACGGCUCCGGUUUCUGUGGGGAGGAGGGCACCGUGCUCCAGCGGCCUGCCGUGCAGGAGGGGGCCGCCGACAAAAAGUAUCUCAUCCACACGUUUGGCUGUCAGAUGAAUUCGGCCGACAGCGAGCGCAUGGCGGGGGUGCUCGAGGGCAUGGGCUACAGCAGUACGGAUGACCUGGACACGGCGAAUGUGAUUGUGUACAACACGUGUAGCAUCCGCGACAAGGCCGAGCAAAAGGUGUACAGCCACCUCGGGCGCGUGACUCCGCGCAAGAAGACGGACCCGAGCAUGCGCAUCAUUGUGGCUGGGUGCGUGGCGCAGCAGGAGGGCGAACAGCUGCUGCGGCGCGUUCCGCAAGUGGACCUCGUCAUGGGGCCGCAGCACGCCAACCGCCUUCAGGAGCUGCUAGAACAGGUCGACCUGGGCAGUCAGAUUUGCGCGACGGAGCCCAUUCACAUCAUCGAGGACAUUGCCAAGCCGAAGCGCGACUCUGCGGUGACGGCGUGGGUGAACGUUAUCUAUGGCUGCAACGAGUGCUGUACCUAUUGUGUAGUGCCGGGGGUGCGCGGCAAGGAGCAGUCACGCGAGCCCGAGGCCAUCCGGCGCGAGAUGCUGGCGCUUGGAGAGGCAGGGUACAAGGAGGUGACGCUCUUGGGCCAAAACAUCGACGCGUACGGCCGAGACUUGCCGGGUCUCGCGGAGGACGGCUCGGGGCGCCGGCGGUGGACCUUCACCGACCUGCUGCGAUACGUGCACGACGUGCCGGGCAUUGAGAGAAUCCGCUUCACCACCUCGCAUCCGCGCUACUUUUCGGAGCGGCUCAUUAAGGCAAUCUCAGAGCUGCCCAAGGUGUGCAAGUUCUUCAACAUCCCUUUCCAGUCCGGCGACAACCAGAUCCUUAAGGACAUGAAACGCGGCUACACGAUCGAGCGGUAUUGCGAGAUCAUUGCCAAGGUGCGGCGCUACAUCCCGGACGCCUCCUUCAGCACUGACAUCAUCGUCGGCUUUCCGGGCGAGACGGAGGAGCAGUUCCAGAACAGUGUCAAGGUGGUGCGCGAGCUCGGCUUUGACACCGUCAACACGGCAGCCUACUCCCAACGGCCAAACACGCCCGCAGCGGAUUGGGAGUGUCAAGUCGCGGACCUCAUAAAGGCCGACCGGCUCCAACGGAUCAACAGGGUGGUGCGAGAGGAGGCGGAGAAGCGGACGCGCCGCUAUCUAGGGCGGCGCGAAAAAGUGCUCGUGGAGGCAGUGGACCCAAAAACGGAAGGCGUGGUGAUUGGUCGGACUGACGGCAAUCGGCUGUGCCACAUUCCGGGCGGGAUAGACCUCAUCGGAAAGAUCGUCGAUGUCGACAUCGUCGACACGUUUACCUUUUCUUUGAAGGGAAAAGUAGCUGACGAGUCUGAGAUCUCGAGACGGAGAGAGGGGCAGGAGUCGCUAGCAGCAGUAUCAUAGUAGAACGAGCAUCAGCAAAUACUUUUUUUUUUUUGGCUAAACGGUGUUGUGUUCCUUUCGGCAUCGC